ACAUUUCUUCUCUGUCAAAGAUGGCCGGCGUGGGUACCAACUGCCAACUACUCUAUAAGGCUUGUGCUCUCCACGGCGUCGUUUAAAUUUCACUCUCCCUCUCCAAACAAUUUGUUUCUCUCUCCAACCGCGUCUUCUUCCUUGCUCCUCUCCCGGCAAACAAUCGGCCUUGUUCUUCUAGGUCUCGAUACUCCUCGUUCUUGUACUGAGGUCAACUUUCUUUGUAAAGAAUGGAUUUUUUCUCUAUGAACUUAAAUGAUGACUCUUCACCGUUUCAGCAAGACAUUAUAAGGUGUCCAUUUUUGCGUAACAUCAAUGAGCCUACGAAUUUUUCCUUCUCAAGCUCUAUGGCUUUCCCAUUGCCCGUACGUGAAAGUAAAGGUCCUAUCUUUGAGGAUGGUCCCAAUUUUGAUAUGGCGUUCAGACUUUUCCACGGGCAGGAUGGCGUGGUCCCGCUUUCUGGGAGAUCAUUCAUUCAGAAUGAGAAGAUCGAGCCUGAACCAGCACCAACCCAGUUCAACCCUUUGGCAGCAAAGGCUGCUACCAUAAGUCUCUCCGGUUUUGGACUUGCGGGGCCUUUCGGUUUUGAUGCAUUCUCUAAGAAGUGGAAUAAUCAAAAGAAGAACUCUAAGUCAUCCAAAAAGGAUUCUUCUUCAAAGGGAGGAGACUCAAAACAUGAGGCAUUGAGCAACGAAUGGUUGCAAAGCGGAAGUUGUCCUAUUGCGAAGUCAUACCGUGCUGUGAGUAAAGUCAUUCCGCUAGUGGCAAAGGCUAUUCAGCCGCCUCCUGGCGUGCAGCUGAAGUGUCCUGCCGCCGUGGUUGCCGCCAGGGCUGCAAUAUCGAAAACUGCAUUCGCGAAGAACCUCAGGCCGCAACCUCUGUCCACAAAGGUACUGGUUAUUGGUGCCAUGGGCAUGGCCGCAAAUAUACCCUUAGGAAUAUGGAGAGAGCACACGGAAAAAUUCUCGCUUUCAUGGUUUACCGCAGUCCAUGCAGCCGUGCCAUUCAUAGGCAUGCUCCGGAAGUCGGUCCUGAUGCCUAAGACAGCCAUGGCGUUCACCAUCGCAGCCUCGAUCCUGGGACAGGUGAUUGGGUCCCGGGCAGAGCGGUAUCGCCUAAAAGCCAUUGCUACCAAAAAUGUGGCGCUUUCUGAAACUUCCGUAGAUGGAGACACUCGAGGACCAGUUCCUGCUACAAAAUUGGUUCUUUCUGAGACUUCAAUACGCGAACCCGAUCAACUAACAGUUGGCGUUAGAGUCGGGCAUUGUGGUGAGGCGGGCGAUUGGAACCGGAUUGCAGGACCUUCUUCACCGGCUCGCGUUCUAAGCUAAUAUGCACACCAUUGAUCUUUGCAUUGAUUGGUUUUCCCCUGAUUGUCUGUUCUUUUGUAUCUUUUUUUCUUCUUUCAUCCAACAAAAAUCCAGGGAAUGAAGGAAUAAGGGAGAGCAAGAGCAUUUUGUUGUAAGAUCUUAGAGGUUAAUGGUGGAGUAUGAUUUAAGAAAUAAGGAUGAAUUCAGAAUUGUUGAGAUUUGAGACUUCUUUCAUGUUGCAGACCCUCUUUUUAUUCUAUGAAGUUAUAAUAUAGUGUGCAAGCAAUUGUGAAA